CAAGACGGUGCUUUGCUGGUGCAACGAGGAGGACCAGUGCAGGAUCAUCGCGAUGGAGGAGGGAGGCGACGUGAAGGGGGUGUUUACGCGCUUCUGCCAGCUGUCGGACGCGAUCAAGACGGCGGCGGAGUCCAACGGGAAGUCGCUCAUGUACAAGGAGAACCUCGGCUUCCUCGGGACGUGCCCGUCGAACCUCGGGACGGGGCUCCGAGCAAGCGUGAUGAUCACGCUGCCGGAGCUGAACAAGGACCCGCACAAGCUCGAGGAGAUCUGCUCGCAGUACGACCUUCAGCCACGAGGGUCGUCGGGCGAGCACACCGCCGCGAUCGGAGCCAAGUGGGACAUCUCGAACAAGCAGCGCAUUGGCUUUUCGGAGGUUGAGCUUGUGCAGAAGAUGAUUGACGGCGUGGCGAAGAUCAUCGGGAUCGAGGAGGAGCUUGCCAAGGCAGCGGCGGGAGGCGACGAGGCAGCGGAAGGAGCCAAGGAGGAGGAGCCAGCGGCAGGCGAUGCUCCGGCAAAGAAAGACCUUGGGAGCUUCAAGCUGCCGGAGAUCGAGGCCGAGUUUGACAAGUGGCUGACCGCGCAGCUCGAGAACUCGCCGGCGGACGUGAAAGACACGGACGACUUCAAGUACAUCAGCUUCACCGAGCUCCCGCCCUUCACUGAGAAGCAUAGGUCGCUGAUGAGGAAGAACAUGACCGCAGAGCUGUUUGCUAAGCUCAAGGACACCAAGUCGUCCAAGGGGUACUCGCUGUCCAACGGGAUGCAGGCGGGAGUGCUGAGGCCUCAUCUGGGGGUCGGCUUCACGUGCGGGGACGAGGAGUGCUUCGACCUGUUCAAGGAGAUCAUCAACCCGAUCGUCAAGGGCUGGCACAACUUCGACCCAGACACGCAGAGCCACAAGUCGGACCUUGACCCCAGCAAGCUUGCCUUUACCGAGGAGCAGCAGACGCUCUUCGCCAAGUACGUCAAGUCCACGCGAGUGCGAGCGGCGCGCAACAUCUCGGGCUUCUCGCUGCCCCCCGGGUCGAGCAAGGAGGAUCGGCUUGCGGUGGAGGGAGUGCUGAAGCAGGCGUUUGAGGCGCUGCCAGACAACCUCAAGGGACAGUACUUCCCGCUUGGGUCGCUGUCGACGGAGCAGGAGGAAGCCUUGCAGGCAGGAGGCUUCCUGUUCCAGAAGCCUGGGCCGAUGCAGCUCCUAGGAGCAGCGGGAGCAGGGCGAGACUGGCCGGAGGGCCGCGGCAUCUUCCACAAUGAGAGCAAGACGGUGCUUUGCUGGUGCAACGAGGAGGACCAGUGCAGGAUCAUCGCGAUGGAGGAGGGAGGCGACGUGAAGGGGGUGUUUACGCGCUUCUGCCAGCUGUCGGACGCGAUCAAGACGGCGGCGGAGUCCAACGGGAAGUCGCUCAUGUACAAGGAGAACCUCGGCUUCCUCGGGACGUGCCCGUCGAACCUCGGGACGGGGCUCCGAGCAAGCGUGAUGAUCACGCUGCCGGAGCUGAACAAGGACCCGCACAAGCUCGAGGAGAUCUGCUCGCAGUACGACCUUCAGCCACGAGGGUCGUCGGGCGAGCACACCGCCGCGAUCGGAGCCAAGUGGGACAUCUCGAACAAGCAGCGCAUUGGCUUUUCGGAGGUUGAGCUUGUGCAGAAGAUGAUUGACGGCGUGGCGAAGAUCAUCGGGAUCGAGGAGGAGCUUGCCAAGGCAGCGGCGGGAGGCGACGAGGCAGCGGAAGGAGCCAAGGAGGAGGAGCCAGCGGCAGGCGAUGCUCCUGCUGAGGGCGGUGAAGCGAAUCCACCGGCAGAUGCUCCUUCUGAGUAACCAGUUGAUUUUGAGUCUCAAUGAACUCGCCUGUGUGUG